AUGCUCCUGCCAAAGAACAUAGCAGGACAGCGAGGACAAGCCGAGUACGCAGCCGGGAACACAUACAAAGACGCCCUUGCACACUACCGCAUCGCACAAAGGGGAAAAGCAGUCUCUAUAGACCUCCGCGUCAUGGUUUCCGAGGGUUUCCUGAGUGAGAACGAAUUCCCUCUACACCGUAUGCCAGACUCAGAUCUCUACGUUCCACUGAAACAAAUCGAACUUUUCGGCCUUCUCGACUAUCUUUGCGACCCAGAACUAGACACCCUGACGACGCAAACGUGCCAAACCGUCGUGGGUAUCGAGACCCCUGCGAGCCUGCGCUCAAAAGGGGUUGAAGAGGCGCUUUGGAUGCGCACACCUUUACUUCGCCAUAUGUAUCAGGUCAAUAGCGAUCAGAAGCUCUCGGUGGGAAACUCCAAAGACUUCAUCGAUUAUAGAGGUCUGUUUGCAAGCGCCGGCUCUCUUUCUAAGGCCGGUUCCAUCGUUCUGCAGGCUCUGAUCAAGAGAUUGUCACGAAGUCUUUCGACAUCAAAAGAAGGAAUCGACACGAACAAGUCACUACACUCAUAUGGGGUGGAUUCGUUGUUAGCGAUCGAGCUGAAGACAUGGAUCGCAGAGGGGUUUGCGGCGGAAAUACCUAUUUUUGAGAUUUUGGGGAGAGCGACGGCCGCAGCAACGGCGAUGACAACUGCAAGGAACAGUCGGUUGAUGCAGGGGUUCAGUAAAUAG